GCCGCCGCCGCCCCCAGCCCACACCCACACCCACACCACAACCAACCCGUACACUACACUACCCGACACUACACAACAACAGCCAGCAUCUUCACCCGAGUAUCCAUUGACGGGCGCGACACCCAGCAAAUACGGUUUUAUCGGCCGAGUAUCGACAGAGGACGCAUAGUGUACACAAUCAUUACCGUACGUUUUUGCCCUCCAGUCCAGUCCAGACUCCUUGGCUCCGACCUCCAUCCAUCCAGCCUUGGCCCAGACCAGAUACCAGCCCCAGAGGUUAGGUAGCCUCGAGCGACGGGAGUGGGAGACUUGGUUAGUUGUUGGCAAGUCAGUGUGAGAGUGGAGGAACAGCCGGGUGCCACCCAGCCAGCCCGGCCACGGCAACGGCACACUGCUCCUAUUCCCACCACCACCACCAUCAUCGAGUCUAUCUCCAGUCUCACUCUUUCUCUCUUUGGAUCAGCUGCUAGUGCGGCGCAUUGUAUCUUAUCUGAUCGCGUUCUCAUUCUUGUCCCUCCCUGACCUGUUCUUAUCACAAAAGACCAAGCUCCUCUUCCAGCCAAGGCUUGUGCUUCUAAAGAUCACUACAUGCGAUUAGACAACCGUUAACUUGCGUCGAUCGUCGAGCUUACCUCCUGCCCCCCUUCUCAACUCAACCCCCCCUCCGGGAAGAACUGAAACGGAGCCCACCCGACUACCACUUACACCGACCGACGUCACCUUUCUCUGCCCGAGACGAUCGACGGUUCAGCGAGCACUCACCGCGCGCGUCAAACAUCCCCGCGGCACUCCACGUGCGGUCCCUCCUUGCGCUGCUACGACUACUACACUAGCUCGUGCCCCCCCGCUGCGUGCUGUGCUGUUGCGCUGCUGUCGUUGCUGGAUGGCCGUCUGAACGUCUGGCACCAUCCCCCGCCAACGGCAGACGCUUAGGACACUGCAUCCAUGCCCGAAGAAGAGAUUGCUGUGCUCCAUGCCAACUUUGCUUUUCCACCACCCGACAACAUCGACUACCCGAACCUGGUCGACCCAGAUAGCUGUUUCACGCGCGACCCUCGCGCCCGACCCCACAACCUUCACAGGCCUGCUCGCCAUUCGUCGUCGCUAGAUGGCAGAUGGUCACCGCUAUAUGCAGCAGUCCUUCUCGACCCCUCUGCCCACCCAGUUCGCCUCUAACAACAACCUCGCGACGGGACUCCUCCUGAAUUCCCUGCUCAACCAGUUUAUCGCCGACCCCUCCGCCGCCCAGCAGCAAGCCGCCGCCCAAGCCAACCCCGCCCAUAGCUCUGCGACCCAGAUUAAUCGAGGCAUGUACGGCCAGAACCACCCGCAGGGGCACAACCCCCGACUCAAUGGCGCCGCGCCAGGCCGACAACCAAACAUGCCCAUGUUCUACAACCAUGUACCACAGCAAGGCCAUCCACACCAGGGGCACAAUGCGCACCACCAGGUCCUCCAGGCCGGCCACUCGGGGCACGGCGCGAGGAACGACCUGAUGAGCCAUUCGACCUUCUCGAGCGGCAUCAUGGGCAACGCCAGCCCUUACACCACCAACAAUCUCCAGAACGGCCACUCGGUCGCCGCUAGGGGCGGUCCGGCUGAGCAACCCGCCAACGAGCAUUGGCAAAAGCAAAUGCGCCUAAAGGAAGAGUCGGAUCGCGCACAUUCUGCAAUGACGGAGCAACACCAACCCCACUACUACGCGCGGCUUAAGGCGCCCGAAAAUAAGGGGAUAGGAGGCUCCCUGACUGCGGGUGGCGCAAACGCCUCGGGUGACUCCGAGGAGGAGGUGAGGAGAAGACCCUACCAAGUGGAAAAGAGGAAUAGACGACAAGACUGGCACAACCUGGACAUGAGUGGUCAGGGCCUGCGCGCUCUUUCCUCGGCGCUGUUCAGCUAUGACUUCUUGGUAGAGCUCUAUAUCGCCUCCAAUCGAUUAACGUUCCUCCCCGCCGAGAUUGGCAAACUGCGUCACCUCAAGAUUUUAGAAGCGUCCAACAACCUACUAUCCGAGCUUCCCCCGGAGAUUGGCAUGUGCACCAGCCUCGAGAAACUGCUUUUAUUCGACAACCAAAUCCGAGAUCUGCCCUACGAAUUGGGCUCCCUUUACAAGCUGGACAUUCUUGGUAUUGAAGGAAACCCAAUUAACCCGGGUCUCAGGGAAGAGAUCGUGGAACGUGGAACAAAGAGCUUGAUCAAUAGCCUACUUGAACAAGCACCAGUUCCUCUUCCUCCCAGUCCUAGGAAACCCAUCGUCGUACAAGAAGACGUAUCGCCCAGUCUCGAGCGGAUCAAGGUGAUGACCUGGAAUAUCCUAUGCGACAAGUUUGCCACAACCAAUAUGUAUGGUUAUACGCCUACGGGAGCGCUCUCCUGGGAAUACCGAAAGGAGAGGAUUCUCCAGGAAAUACGGGACCGGGAUGUGGACAUGUUGUGUCUGCAGGAAAUUGCUACGGACGUGUUCAGGGAUUUCUUCAGCCCGGAGCUGGCUCAGAAUGACUAUAAGGGUGUGCACUGGCCACGGCCCAAGGCCAAGACCAUGAACGAGAAGGAUGCGGCAGCAGUAGAUGGAUGCGCCAUCUUCUACAAGGGAAGCAAGUGGAUCCUGCUCGACAAGCAGCUUAUCGACUACGCCAACAUUGCCAUCAACCGUCCGGACAUGAAGAACCAGCACGAUAUCUUCAACCGAGUCAUGCCCAAGGACAACAUCGGCAUCAUCUGCUUCUUCGAGAGCAGGCGCACGGGCGCGCGCGUCAUUGUCGCCAACACGCAUCUGGCAUGGGAGCCAACACUAGCCGACGUCAAGCUUGUCCAGACGGCUAUUCUUAUGGAGAAUAUCACCAAGUAUGCCGAGAAGUAUGUCCGCUGGCAACCCCUAAAGGACAAGCGCGGCAUCCAGAUCCCGCAAUCCGUCUCUGUCGAGAGCGACAUUCCGAAACCCGAAAUGCCCGAGCCGGGCCCCUCGCAGGAGUACCGCUCCAACACGGACAUUCCCCUCAUCGUCUGCGGCGAUUACAACUCGACGCAGGAAUCCUCGGUUUACGAGCUUUUGUCCAUGGGCCGCGUCACGCCCGAGCAGUCCGAUUUUGGCGGCCACCAGUACGGUAACUUUACGCGCGACGGCGUCGCCCAUCCAUUUAGCAUGCGGUCCGCGUACGUCCAUCUCAAUGGCACGCCCGACGAGCUGUCCUUUACCAACUACGUGCCCGGAUUCCAAGAAGUCAUUGAUUAUAUCUGGUACUCGACCAACACGCUCGAAGUGGUGGAGUUGCUUGGGCCUCCCGAUCAGAACCAUCUCAAGAGGGUGCCGGGUUUCCCUAACUACCAUUUCCCCGCGGAUCAUAUCCAGAUUAUGGCCGAGUUUGUGAUUAAGCAAAGGAAGGGCGAGAAGGUCAAGGUUAUUCAUGGAAGUGGUGGCGGCGCAUCAGGUCAGCAGCAGCAGCAGCAGCAACUGGAAGGUGGACAGGAUUUUGGAUCUGGUUCCAAGUAGCAAGCUGGGUGAUUGGGUGUAGUGUGGAAGGAAUGGAAUGGACAAAGGAGUGAUUGAUUUUGUGCUUGGAAGUUGUGUAAAUGUGAUGUGGAUGAUACGUACGUACGAUAGAGGAAGAGAUGGAUGGAUGGAGUUGGGAGGAAGUUGCAAGAAGAAAGUAGGUUUGGUUUGGUUUGGUUUGGUUUGGUCUUUUUUUGCAAGUGGAGACUUGACUUACUUCGUUCGGAGCAAUGAAUGAACUUUCUCGUGAUGUUUGUUUCAAUCCAGUUUUCAAGUUCAGUGUUCAGUCUAUAUCGACGACAAGCGACUGAACGGAAAUGUCUGUUGAAGUCUAUUCUAUAGUUUGAAGCGGUAGUUUGGC